GCCCGGCCAGGCUCCCCCGCCAGCCACCGCCGCCCACCCCCGGCCUGCUGCACAGCACCAGGAUGGUCCUCAAACUGGCCGUUGUGAUUCAGGUGCUGGCAUUGACCGUGGGCCACGUUCACGGCUUCCCUAAACCCGAGGGGGCCAGAGAUAAAGUUAUUCACAACAGACAAUUAAGUGCAGAGAGACCUUUGGAGGAACAGAUUGCUGAAGCUGAGACAGACAAGAUCAGAAAAACAGUCUCCACAGAAAAUAAGCCAGAAUUCAGAAAUUAUUCCUUUGCUGAUGAUUUGAACCUGCUACAGUCAGUAGCAGAAAAAGAAAGAAAUGAAAAGGAGAGGGCAUCAAUUAGAAGCUCCCUAUACGAGCACCAACUGGCCCUUGAUGAUGCAGACUCCACCAAGAACCGCAGGCUCGUGGAUGACUAUGACUCCACUAAAAGUGGGCUGGAUUAUAAAUUUCAAGAUGAUCCAGAUGGUCUCCAUCAACUAGAUGGCACUCCCUUAACUGCUGAAGAUAUUGUCCAGAAGAUUGCCACCAGAAUUUAUGAAGAAAAUGAUAGAGGAGUAUUUGAUAAAAUUGUCUCAAAGCUGCUAAAUUUGGGUCUAAUUACAGAGAGCCAGGCCUAUACUCUGGAAGAUGAAGUGGCUGAAGUUCUACAACAGUUAAUUGCUAACGAAGCAAAUGAUGGUGAGAAGGAGUCAGAAGCUCUUGAUUACCCUCCAAGCAGAACAGACAGUGAUACAGAAAAAAAACAGGAGGAAAACAUGACCCCCAGCAAUGCUGAUCAAGAUGGUUUUAUUAAUGGAGAAUCUGAUGAUACUUUGGAUAACGCAUGGUCUUCCUCUAAUGCCUUGGAAAGAAGAAAUGAACUCCCUUCAGACAAUAAUUUUGAGGACCUCCAAUAUUUCCCAAACUUUUAUGCACUGCUAAAAAGUCUUAAUUCAGAGACAGAGGCAAAAGAAAAAGAAACCCUGAUAACUAUCAUGAAGACACUGAUUGAUUUUGUGAAGAUGAUGGUUAAGUAUGGAACAAUCACACCAGAAGAAGGUGUUUCCUACCUUGAAAACUUGGAUGAAAUGAUUGCUCUGCAGACAAAGAAUAAGCUUGAGAAACCUUCUACUGAUACCAAAAACAAGCUGCUAGCAGACAAGAGUAAUGAAGAGACUGACAGCACAAAGGAAGAAGCAGCUAAAAUGGAAAAAGAAUAUGAGACUUUGAAGGAUUCCACAAAAAUUGAAGAGCAAAAUACAGCAGGAAACACUAACCAGCCAAAAGGGAAAGCUGAAGCAUAUUUGGAGGCAAUCAGGAAGAACAUUGAAUGGCUAAAGAAGCACAGCAAGCAGGGACCUAAAGAAGAUUAUGAUCUUUCCAAACUGCGAGACUUCAUUGAUGAGCAAGCAGAUGCUUAUGUGGACAAAGGCAUCCUGGACAAAGAAGAGGCAGAUGUGAUCAAGCGCAUAUAUAGCAGCCUGUGAAAACACAGGAAGAAUGGUGUCUGCUGAACACUUAGGAAACUAUAGGAUAGCUUCACCCACUCCUAGCUCAGUGACCUAAAAUCUGUUAUUUUGAAGGUAUCAUUAGAAAGUGCUCUGUUUGCAUCGUACUGAACCUUUUCUACACACAAAUGUACACUGACAGCACACUGUACUUUCCUACAUAAAAAACAUCCCCAUGGACAAAUUCUGAUAUCCAAUUUAUAUUUAACAGGGUAAAUAUUCACAUAACGUUCCCUUAACUUACAGUUUGCAUUGAUUUGCCCCAGUAGAUAAACUAGAUUUUGUAGGAAAACUGUUUUAAUGCGACUGUUUGUUCCCAGUACAUUAGUUUUCCAUAGAUGCUACUAUAUGUACUUGUAAAGGGCAUUAUUAGACAAUGAAUUCCACUUAUUAGUUCUCCAAAUAAACAUUUGAAAUAAUUUACAUAUUAAACUUUUCAUUAGUCUUA